AUGUUGAUUUCACUCAUCGUCUAUCUCUGCCUUUCGAUCAAUUUACAUGCAGGUAUCAUCACUUCACCGCUCCUGCCCCCUGAGAAAAGCCCGCCAAGUUCAAAUGGGGCCCCGCCCCUUCAGCGUUCAAUUCUUGCAAGUCGCGCGCGCAGUUUUCGCAAAGGUACCGCACGCAUUUCGCUCUUCACUUCGACAGUGAAAAAACAAGCGAAAAAACGUUCGUUGUCGGUUUUUCGUGUAAUUUUUCCGAAAAGAAGAUGCAACAAGGCGACAGAAUACGUUUUGAUAACAAAAAAAAUAAUUUUCUGCUUUAAUUUUCAAGAAUUCGGUGUUCAGAGCAAUGUGUGCGGCACCGUUGCAAAAACUGCGCGCGCUAUUUGCAAGAAUUGAACGCUGAAGGGGCGGGGCCCCAUUUGAACUUUGCGGGCUUUUCUCAGGGGGCAGGAGCGGUGAAGUGAUGAUAUGCUUGUUAGAAUAGAUGGUUGGACCGAUGAACAUAUUAUGUGUCAGCUGAAAUAAGUGCCUACACAUGUUCAUAACUUUCAGAGCAUAUCGGCACCCGCUCGAACAGCGCUUCUUCGACCUCAACAUCAACAAAGACUGCUCUAGAAAGCAGCAGCUUCUCUUCUGCGGACGCGAUCACUUCGUCAUCUUCCCUGAUUGAUGUGAAGGAAGAGCUAGUCAAGAUUGCUACAACAUGUCUGAGCCGAGAAGAUUUCGAAUUGUUAACUGGCAAUGUUCUUAGACACGGCGUAG